AUGAGGUUACGCAGCAAAAUAGCAUGGGAUGCUUUUGUAAUUAAUGAAUUGAAAUUUAAAGAUUCAAAAAAAGUCCUCAUAACAUUUACACUUAUGUUUCAUAUGCAUACAAUUACCCAUAAAGCCGAGAAAAAAAGGAUGGAACUAUCAAUCGCCUACUGCCAAAGGAAUGGUUUACCAUUAGUUCACGAUUUGAUUAUUUCAUGUGGUUACCUAAGUAGUAGAAUCCCAAGAGAAAUGAAUGGUGCAUUUUUGGCACGCUGCUACACUAAAUGCUGCACAGCGAUUGUGGCUAAGGAGAGUGGAAUUGAAAAUGAAUUAGGUGGUAGUUUAAGGAUAUUUAAAAUGACUAAUCCUUCUCAGUGGCCUACAUGUAUGGAGUUAAUUUUGAGUGAACCUUACAACAAAUUCGAAAAAGCAGAGAUACUUGUAGUUCAAUCAAUAAAGAAUUGUAUUUAUUACAAUACAAUUUGUUUCCGGAUAUGCUCUUAUGCACCUAGUUAUAGAAAAACUAAAUUUGCCUAA